AUGCACCCCCUUUUCUCGCUCCAAGGUCGAACGGCAAUCGUCUCGGGCGUCGCAAACGCAGGGAUAGGCUUUGCCAUAGCACAAAUCCUCGCCGAAGCCGGAGCCAGCGUCGCCAUUCUAUACAAUCGAAACAAAUCAGCCAUUGACGCUGCCGAGACCAUAUCCAAGAGCCAUGGAAGAGAGCGAGAGAGAGAGAUAGGCAGCGCAUACCAAGUCGACGUGGCCAAGCAAGCAGACAUUGAAGCGGUGAUUGCACAAAUCGUGCGCGAUUACAAUGGACGACUGGAUAUUUUCGUCGCUAAUAGCGGUAUUGCAUGGGACGAGGUUGGCGUGAUUGACAGCAGUGUCGCGCAUUACCACCAGGUCAUGUCUACGAACCUGGACGGCGUGUACUAUUGCGCGCGAGCUGCUGGAUGGCAUUUCCGGCGACAGGCAGCAGAGAAAACUACAAUUACUGGAGAAGUUCUGAAUGAUUUUAGAUCGGGCAGUUUCGUGGCGACGGCGAGUAUGAGUGGGCAUAUUGUCAAUGUGCCGCAUUUGCAGGCUGCGUAUAAUACAUCCAAAGCCGGGGUGAUUCAUCUCUGCAAGUCUCUGGCCGUGGAAUGGGCAGGGUUCGCCCGCGCAAACACGGUGUCGCCGGGGUUCAUCGAUAGUGGGUUGACCGGAGAGUGCUCAGACGAGGUCAAAGACUCGCUCAGCGCAAAGACUCCUAUGCGGUUUGUGCAAACCGAGCAUAUAACGAGAGAGUUGAGUUGCGUUCCUGACAUCCAUGCUACUAGUCGUAUAGGACAUCCGGACGAGUUGAAGGGUGCGUAUCUUUAUCUGGCAUCGGAUGCUUCGAGCUUUACGACCGGAGCUGAUAUUGUGGUGGAUGGGGGAUAUUGCUUGCCAUGA